GCUUCUCACAGAAUCCAAACUCUGUUCGCUUCCCUGAUUCACUUUUUUAUACUUUUAUUCCCGUUUUAAUUCUCUUGGCUCACCGACUUUGCUCUCAUUACUCGGUGUGCAGUACAUUAGAGGUUCUAAGAGGGGGUGUCAGUUCCAGACUUAGACUUCUCGCCCAGACCAUCGCCGGCUGCUAGUGACGUAUGCCAUCGAACAGGUCCAUCACCACUCAAUUCGUUCAUCGCGAAUCGUUCAUAAGGAACUGGAUUGGGCCAUCCUGUACGGGUACUGGGGUACGCGGCCGCAGGGAAAGCAGAGUAAAGCACAUUUUUGUAUGCAGGCAAGCAACCAAGAUCGCCUAAGUCCGGACCCUCUUGUUACCAGCUCCGGAGACAACUCUAGCUGAAAGUUGCUCAACUCGUGGGACUUAUCAGUAAAGGGACCCCCGCGCUGGCUGGAGAUCGCAGCAUUGGACCAGGCUUGAAGCUUGUUGCAGGUCCUCUUUUUUCCAAGAAAACCUGCUGUUGACGUUGCGAUUUCUGGGUCCUUACCAGCCUCUGACAGAUCUAUUAAACAACGAAAGCCCGCAAGUCGAAACCCUGGGAAAGCUAGACGUUCUGCACGACGCAUCUCCAUUUAAAGCUCAACGCACGCAACGCAAAGCGAGCAGUCACAGCGCUGCACCAAACCAUUAAAAAGUGCCGUUGGCAUUGACAUUGGCAUCCAAUUGCCAUUGCCGCCGUCCGCCGAGUGACGAUCUUUCUCAAGCCCGCCGACGCCGGCUUCCGCGUAUUGACGUACAUACACUGAAAUCACGAAAUUACGGCCACGGCUUAUAAGAAAUUACCGACCAUCCCCAUAUUCAGAGCCAAGACUUGUAUUGUCUAACUACCUAGACUCUCGUCACUUUCACUUGUCGCUCGCUCAGUUAGGUUGCUGCAAUUCCUUUUACGGUAGUUCACCACAGUUUUGACCUUGACCAGCUGUACCAGGGCUGGUCAUCCUUGGCCGGUUAAUAAGUACUGACUGACAUGUCAGUCGCCCGAAGCAUCCGUAUCUGUAUCCGCAAUCUGCCUUCGCACCCGCCGCAGCACCAACUUUGAAUGGAUACAGUCCGGCGCCGAGUUCUAAAGGGAGUCUAGAGUCUAAUAAAGUCGCACAUACAAGAAGCGCCCACUUCACCUACAUCUGAAUCGUCCCGCACGCAAGGGCCUGUUUACUUCUUCUUUCCUUCUCACUCCCGGACCUUGGAUUCGCCCUGAUCUUGGAUGCCCAGCGAUAAUCAAGCUUGUCUGGAAAUUACGGUACCAGAUUGUCGUCAGUAUUGUGGCUGACGCACCUCACACCUCUCGAGAUAUCCCUUGCGCAUUUGAUCUGGUCAACUACUGACCUAACAGCUCCCUCCCUUUUGCUGUUUGUGGUUUCUGGGCACCAAUUGGCCUGAGUUUUUCUUCUUUUUGAUAUUUUUGUCUCAGAAAUUUCCUCAUUUGCAGGCCGAGCAUUGUGGACAAAAUGGGUCGAAAUCGAGGUGCGUACCAUCAAAUAUUGUGCAUUCGUGAAUCCCAUUCCAGCUCAGGACUUGACUUUGAUCGUCCGCCGCGUACGUUGCGUUGCGUCGCUUUACGACCCGACAAGACAGAAGACGGCGCGCUAUGGAGUGGUUCGCUGGUCCUUGCCCUGGCGUUGGCCCACCUCCGUCUAAGUCGAGGCGGGCUUGCCCAUGUCAUGAUGGAAGCCCACUGCACGGUGGCAGCUCUACGCCUGUAACCACAGCCAGGGGGGGCUGCUUAUGGGUACCUCUCGGAACGGCGGGGGCUUUGACAUCCACUAUGCGUUAACGUGUGGUGGCCCAAAAUGCCCUUGGCUAGCUCAUCUAGGGGUCCGUUUCUUUUGGCUCAAGGGACUGAGCGACGGGCUCUCUUCCUCCAGGGGGCUGCAUACCAUUCUCUUCAUAACAUCUCACCUCAUCCCGUCCUUGUCGUACUAACUCUUUGGUGCCAAUACUUUAGUCCUCUCUUUUAUGUCCCAGUUCUCUGCGGGCACAAAGACACCGCCGCCCUCAACUUCUCCUCCGUCAAACUCACCUCACAGACCGGGGCAUCGCAAGACGAACUCUGGUACAGAACCCUUUCCCGACCACCGAGUCAGUACCGACAUUUCUCGGCCAAAUACACCGCCUUCGCGGCCAGAUUAUGGCACUCCCAUAAACGGCGGCUCCCCGAUCGAACCUUCUGCUCGCCGAAGACGCAGCUCAUCUGCUGCAUCAUCACGACCCCCGUCCAUGGUCCUGGCUCAUCAACCACCCAUCAUGGAUAUCACGGAGGAUACAAUCCCCGAACUGCAGCCCAUCUUUUCAUUCCUUAACAGCCAUUCCAACAAGCUGUACCAAGAGGGUUAUUUCCUCAAACUCGAUGACCAGAAUACACAGGGUAAACCCAACCCUGAUAGAACUUGGACAGAGUGUUUUGCCCAGCUAGUGGGAACCGUCUUGUCACUAUGGGAUGCCGCGGAACUAGAUGCGGCUGGAGAAGACGGCGAAGUCUUACCCAAGUUUAUCAACUUGACGGAUGCCUCGAUCAAAAUGAUUGAGUCGCUGCCUACAAGAUCUUCAGAUGAGCAACCGCUACAGAACAUCCUGAGCAUCUCAACGGCUGGAAGAAACAGAUAUCUCCUCCAUUUCAACUCGCGGCACUCGCUGCUGCAAUGGACUGCUGGCAUUCGACUAGCUAUUUUCGAGCACUCUUCUCUGCAGGAGGCUUAUACUGGCGCUCUGAUUGCCGGCAAGGGCAAAUCGCUCAACAAUAUUGGUGUCAUCAUGGAGAGGGCACGAUUCCCCACCGAAGAAUGGGUUAGAGUCCGAUUCGGCGCUGGUGUACCUUGGAGAAGAUGCUGGUGUGUUAUCACCCCCCCUGACGAAAAGCAGUAUGCAAAACUCCAGAAGGAGCUCAAGAAGAGGUCUCCUUACGAUCGAUCGCCUGUGCCCACACUCAAGGGAGAUAUCAAAUUUUACGACCAGCGGAAGGAUGGUAAGAAGCAGAAGAAGAUGCAGCCAAUUGCUACCAUCACCGACGCCUACUCUGCCUAUGCCAUCUAUCCUCAGUCCAAGUCAUUGAUUGAUGCGUCGACCUUACUCAAGGUUGAGGGUAACAUUGCUAUUCAUACUGAUCCUCCCUCGUCUACCGAAGGGUUCGUCUUCAUCAUGCCUGAGACACACCCUGCUGUGAGCGGAUUCGAGAUGCUGAUGCGUUUCCUCUUUCCAACCUGGGAUACAUUUGGUCUUUACGGCCGACCUGGUAGACUUGUUGCCAGCACACUUGACUCCAGGUCUCUCAUGUUUGCUAUGCCUAAGAGCCGCCGCUAUGGUUAUCUUGAGAAUUUGGAUGUUUCCAACCUCAUUCUUGAGGAUGGUAGCUCUGGAUGGGGCGAGAGAGAUUGGAGAAAGAAGCUCAAGGAAUGCACUGGUACUCGCAUGAAUGCUGUAGAUGAUGCACCCACGACACGUUCUCGAAGCAACAGUCGAAAGAGUGUUCGACUAAGCUUUGGUGAUGGACCUCCAAAGCCCAAGGCCGGAUUUUCAGAUGAACAAGUUCCAACCAGAUCCUCGCGAUCAUUCUCUCUUACUGAGCGCACUCGAACAGACUCAGCUCCCGCAGAUCCUGCGAGGGUUGCCUUUGGAGGACAUGGCCGUAACUCAUCCGACCCCAACCAAUUGGGAGGCCCUCCUUUCCGUCCUGGUACCAAUGAAAAUAGCCCUUACUCAGGCUCGCCACGACGUGGACAAACUCCCGUUGGCGCUCCACACCAUAACCAAACUUCCCGUGACGAGAGUCCCGCUUACCAGAAUGAACGAGCUCCCUCUGGCUCUCCUCCCCUGAAAGACUUGGAUGGCAUGCGUCAGAUGCAUACUCCUGAACCAGUCUCACAACCCCCAGCCUUCAGUCACGGGUCUCAGGCUCGCCCCGUCAGCAGAGCUUACCAUUCCCCUGAGCUUAGGCGGGCUAAUAGUAGGCUUUCCGUCACAACUCUGGCCCAGCUUGCCACAGCUGGCGGGUUAGGUGGCCCGAACGAUUCGAAUCCUUCUCCACGAGGAGAUGAGGUGGACGCUGCAAGAUCUGGACCAUCGGUACUGCCACCACACGCCAACUCCGUAGGGAUAUCUGCUAACGACAACCGCUCGCGUGAAGCUUUAAGCCCACUGAAUCAGGAUCCCUCUUCCAACAGUCUUCCUCCUCCGGCAAACUUAUCCCAACAACGAUCACGAUCGCCACUGGCCCAGCCCCCGCUUGGGCCUCCUAAUGCCUAUGGCCGCGGGCCUAACUCACGUCCUGGAACUUCAGAAGGACGGCGAUCUCCGAUGCCUCCCGGCAUGCCACCUCAACAACGACCUCCCCAUCCUCAAAAUACCAACCGUCGGCCUGACAUGGGCCCUGAUGGCCGCCGACCGUCUGAUCCUCGGGGUCCUGGAUUUGACGGGCGUAGACCUUCAGACCCUCGAGGUCGUGGCAAUGGUCCUCCUCCUGGCCAUAUGCCUCCGCCACAUGGUCCCCAUGGUAAUUUUCGUCCCGGACCGGGGCGCUCCGGACCUCCUGGACCACCUCCGGGUUAUCGCCCUAACGGACCUCCUCAUGGACCGCCAAAUGGACCACCGGGGCUCAAGGGUUAUCGGAAGCCUGUGCCAGGCGGACCUCCACCACCUGCUCCUUUUGAAAAUUCUAAGGGUAACACCAUGUCGGGUAGCAGUGGGAUCACCACGAAUGAGAUAAUCGACCAUUAUGCGUUCGACCAAGGUCGUCAAACACCUCGGCAAGGCACCCCUAACUCAGAGAGGCGACCAGGACCCCCAGGCAGGCAAGAAAGCCACACGAGCAACCAAAGCAGUCAUUAUGAGGAUAAUUCUCCUACCAGCAGCCUCAAGAACUUUGUAGAUACAUACCAAUACAGUGAACCAAAGCCCCGAGCUGGUGUCCUGAAGACUGUCGGUGGCGCUGAGGAGCCUGAUCCUCGAGAUCCUGGCUUUGAUAUACCAGAUAUCAAUUUCGGUCCGACUAUUAAUUACGCAGCAAUCAAGGACCGCAGUAAAACUCCCGGCGCUCUGACUCCCGGUGGCUCAUCACAGAGACCGCAUACACCUGGGGGUCAAGGACCAACGCCCCCGCCUCAUAAAUCUUCGGGUUCUCAGGGAUCUCUUGGGCGUAAGGAAUCUCCAGACCCAAAGCGGACUAUGGCAUGGCAACCCGGCGCAUCAACUCCCCCGAGCAACGCACACGGGUUAAGCCCCGAAGAAUUUGUGCAGCAAAGGGCGGCCCAUGCUCGGAGUGCUUCCAGCAACACGUUGGGCGGCUCACCCAGCCCAGGCAUGAAACGAACUAGUUCCUCUGACAUGCUACAAGCUAUCCAGAACGGUCGCCACUCUCGCAGCAGCUCUGCUGAUCUGCUUGCACGACCUGGAUCGCGGGGUGCUAGUUCGACCUUGAACUUUGCAAGCUCUGGGGAGACAUCUAGCCACCUCAGUGCUCGGGAGCAGGAGCAUGUUGCUCGCCUUACAGGCCAACCGUUGAUCAGCAUGCCAGGACAUCAGAGACAGGGUUCACAGGGUAGUUUUAUGCCUGGCCACCAGAGGCAAGCUUCCUCUGGAUCAGGGUUGGUUGGUGCUAUCGAGGCCCGGGAACGGGAAAAGCAACAGAUGAAGCAAGGAGUGAAUAGCCAGGCAGUCCAGCAUGCGAUCAGCCAGCGUCAGCAGCAACAGGCUGCCAUGGCGUACCAGCAGCAAAUGGCACAGCAACAAAUGGCUCAGCAGCAAAUGAUGCAACAACAAGUGGCUCAGCAGCAACAGAUUGCGUACCAGCAGCAGGCUCAUCAACAACAAAACUACCAGCAAGGAUAUCAACAGCCAAUGAUGGGUGCUGGAACUAUUCCCCCAUACAGCCCCAUGGGCCAGCCAGCUGGUCAGUACACUCCUGGUGGAUCUCCGUACGGGCCGGCACCUCAGCAGAUGGGAGGGCAUGGACAGCCGAACAGUUUCUCGCGACCGCUUCGGGCUGCGCAGCAGGUCGACCCUCGCUUUGUACCACCUCAGGGUCAAUACGGCCCAUCGCCUGGAGCUCAGCAGACCGCUCGAAACGUUCAUCCCCAGUAUCAAGGACAAGCGUUUUAGUAACGAAUAGGGCAGGGUCUAGUUAUACCACUGGUUGACGAAGAUUAUGGAUAUUUGGAUGAUUGAAGCGAUUUGGAGCAAACAUCAAGGGGCCGCAUAUAUCACAUGGCGUUCAGGAAAUGACAAGAGGUGCUUAUUUGGGGGUAGCGGGUUGAAAACCAAUUGCAUAGUCAUAGUCCGGGCAUACAAAGAAAGGACUGCAUUAUCUUAGCAAGGGAAAGCAUGCUUGGUUAUAGAUGCAUCUUGAAUCUGCCCAACAUACAAUUCUAUUUCUUCUAAAGAAUUAAAGUGUCUUCAAUUUCAUAGUCCGGGGUAAUAUAGUUUUGUCUCAUUUAGAAAAAGCCAAAAAAAAGAGAGAGAAUGACUCAAUUGUAUUCUGUCUAAUAUCAUGACGUAAAUAACAAGAGUUGAGGAG